GACUUUGAAUACAUCGCCAACCUGUCCACAUACUCCCUCUUUGACCAGCUUGGCCCUUCUGCCAACUGGUCGACUAUCGUCGACGUGGCUGUGGUUGUCAGUGGACAGGAGAGCCUGAUCCGGUUUCAGGACUUGCUCAAAAGCAUUCUCGUCACUCGCCGAUUGUCACUAAACCGUCUUGGCAACGCUUCCGUGCAGGAACAACCAACACGCCCGAAGACAUGGCACCUCCGCCUACACCUUCUGGCCGAUGAGGAGGCGAUAAUUCGUUUGCCUGUCCUCUUGGCAACCUGGCAGGUGCCUCAGUUGUCGGUGCAUUUCUACCCUCUUCUCGAGGCCGAGGUAAGUCUGACCUCCGACAACCAGGCCGACAGUAUUCGGUGUCAAGUCUUUCAUAUUGUUGCCUUGGCGACCAGAGGAUCGCAUUAA